UCCAACAUGGCUGCCCACAGGAUAGCAUGUCUAGGGUUAAAUGCCCUUUAUUCCAGUGUCUGUGCCCCAAAGCAGGCCAUGAGAAGCUGCUGGGGGGCUAUGGAGCAGGUGAGAGGUUAUUAUGUUAACUGGAGGAUGCUGAGAGACGUCAAGAGAAGGCAGAUGGCCUUUGAUUAUGCUGAUGAGAGGCUACGGAUCAAUGCACUGAGGAAGAACACCAUCUUACCCAAAGACCUUCAGGAGAUAGCGGAUAAAGAGAUUGCAGCAUUACCCAGAGACAGCUGCCCUGUGAGAAUACGCAACAGGUGUGUGAUGACGUCCCGACCUCGAGGAGUGAAACGGAGGUGGCGGCUCAGCCGGAUUGUCUUCCGUCACCUAGCUGACCACAACCAGAUGUCCGGUAUUCUGAGGGCAAGGUGGUAACUUGGGCUCCAAUGGAUGCUACGAGAUUAGAUAUUGACAAAUGUUUCAGUGGCUGUGAUCAGAACAUCAGCAUACACAGACUUGUUUCGACCUUUCAGAGUCGAGGGUUAUUAAAGGAUCUGAGUUUAAAAAACAGAUACAUCACUCUCCACAAAAGACUGGGAGGCUUUGGUGUUAACAAUGUAUUUUGUGUGUGCUGAGGUAAAUCUGUCCUUUCUGUGGAUGUUUGUUCAGGGCAGUAUGUUUCUUUAAUUUCUGUAUGGCUGACUGAAUAUGAAAAAUGACAGCAUAUAUAAUAUUUAAAGAGAAAUUGAUUAUGUGACUCCCUGUAACUUACUCAAAAUGGAUUAAUAAAUACUGUUGUACAUUA